AUAGCUUCCAUUCUAUAUGUUUAGGCCGACCAUGAAGACGAGUUUUUUACUGAGUACGGUGAAGCAAGCCAGUAUGAGAUAAUGGAGGUUAUUGGAAGGGGAAGCUAUGGUAUAGUUGGGUCGGCAGUGGACACUAAAACUGGGGAGAAGGUCGCCAUCAAGAAGAUCAAUGAUGUCUUUGAGCAUGUUUCAGAUGCAACUCGAAUUCUUAGAGAGAUCAAGCUUCUCAGGCUGCUUCGGCAUCCUGACAUUGUAGAAAUUAAGCACAUAAUGCUACCUCCAUCUCGUAGGGAAUUUAGAGAUAUUUAUGUUGUUUUUGAGCUAAUGGAAUCAGAUCUUCACCAUGUUAUAAGGGAAAAUGAUGACCUUACUCCUGAGCAUCACCAAUUUUUCCUGUAUCAGCUUCUUCGUUCAUUGAAGUACAUCCAUUCAGCUAAUGUAUUUCAUCGGGAUUUGAAGCCCAAAAACAUCCUUGCCAAUUCAGACUGCAAGCUAAAAAUCUGUGACUUUGGACUUGCUCGGGUGUCCUUUAAUGACGCUCCAUCGCCUAUUUUUUGGACUGAUUAUGUGGCAACAAGAUGGUAUCGUGCACCAGAAUUAUGCGGUUCCUUUUUCUCCAAAGUAAGAUACUUUAAAAUUUAGUUUUAAUUAUGUGAUUACUUUUAGUUAUCUUCUGCUACUUCUUGAAUGAGUUACUACUCUUCACGUC